AUGACGCUCGCGUCUGAGGGUGUGGAUGCGAAUGUGGAAUCCCUUGGGGGUCCCCCAAAGGAUGUAGUGCCCUCCGAGCCAGAAGGUGAAGAGAACGGCGAAUACGAUAUGGAGCAUUCUCUUCUUCAAGAGGAGCGUAUGCGGGCCUACUUUGCAGCCGAUGCCGAGGCGCCUGCUGCUGCCGCGGCUGCACAAGCAGCAUGCGUCAUUUCGGCAGCAACUGGACAAGAGAUCACCCUCCCAGAAGACGUACUGGCAGGGAAAGUGCCUUAUAAAUGCGCUUUUCGCGUUUACAGGAUUAACCCCAAGCCGUAUUACAGCGUUCAAACCCUGGAGGAAAGACUGCCGAUGCUUGGCGCCGCGUCUGUCGAUCAGUUGUGCAAAACAAUUGUCAUGGAAAACACCAAGCACUCUGGCACUGAGGACCGGUUGAACAGUCGCUUCUACUUGGUGGUGCUGCAAACGAAGGAAAAGCUGAACGGGGAAAGAGUGAAAGAUCUUAUCAAGGCAGAAAACGCAAAGAUCGGUCGCCGUCUUGGCAACAAGAAAUUGAAUUUUAAUUUUUCGAGGUCUUUCGAGUCUUUGACAGGCUUCAAAAGGAAUGGUGUCUGCCCCUUCGCAUGCAAAACCCACAUCCCCGUAAUCGUCUCUACGUCUGUUCUGUCUCUGUACCCUAAAACUAUUUACAUGGGGGGCGGAGCUCCCGAUCUAAAAAUUGAAAUCAGCAUCAUCGACCUCGUCAGGCUCACAAACCCCAUCAUUGGUGUAGUGUGCUAA